GCGAGCCCUGACGUCAGACCGGUUCCGACAAAUGCCCCCUCUGGUGCGUACGGGAGGGGGCAGGUGGCCGUCGUCGGGCUGCCCGGGAGGGCUGCGGAGCGAUGAGGAGGGCAGCGGAAGGGAGCGGGGGUAGUCGGCGCGAACCGUGCAGCCGCUGAAGCGGGCGCUGCGCUGCGGAGCGGGGAGCGGAGUCACUGCGGCUUCGCAGCCGGGCCGGAACCUCUGGGCAGCCGAGAGGGAGAGGGAGCUUCUGGCCGCAGCUGAAGACAGCAACGAUGUGGAGAUUGCAGGAGGAGCGAGUGUCCGGUGUCUGCUCCUUCCUUACCGGACUCUCGGUGGUCUAUUGGGCUCAAAGUGUCAAUGGAAUCGGUAACAUUUCCCUGGUGAAAAGAACAGUGGACAGAUUGCUCAGAGGGUACGACAUCCGCCUCAGGCCUGACUUUGGAGGAUCUCCAGUUACAGUGGGAAUGAGUAUUCACAUCGCCAGCAUAGACAUGAUCUCUGAAGUUAACAUGGAUUAUACAAUCACAAUGUAUUUUCAACAAGGCUGGCGGGACAAGCGCCUCUCAUACACAGCCAUCCCACUCAAUCUGACCCUGGACAACAGGGUCGCCGAUCAGCUCUGGCUACCGGAUACCUACUUCCUGAAUGACAAGAAGUCCUUCCUGCAUGGGGUAACGGUGAAAAACCGCAUGAUCCGGCUCCAUCCAGAUGGCACUGUGUUAUACGGACUCAGGAUCACCACCACAGCUGCUUGUAUGAUGGAUCUACGAAGGUAUCCCCUGGAUCAACAGAACUGCACUCUGGAGAUAGAAAGUUAUGGCUAUACAACAGAUGACAUUGUGUUUUACUGGAAAGGCGGAGAUGCAGCAGUAACUGGCGUGGAUAACCUGGAACUGCCUCAGUUCACUAUCAUCGAGCUGCGGCUAGUGUCGAAGGAAGUGGCUUUUGCAACAGGUUCUUAUCCUCGGCUAUCACUCAGUUUUCGGAUCAAGAGAAACAUUGGAUACUUCAUUCUGCAGACUUACAUGCCAUCAAUCCUCAUCACUAUCCUCUCCUGGGUCUCCUUCUGGAUUAAUUAUGAUGCCUCUGCUGCACGAGUAGCCCUGGGAGUCACAACUGUCCUGACAAUGACCACAAUCAACACCCACCUCCGAGAGACCCUCCCCAAGAUCCCAUACGUCAAGGCCAUUGACAUUUACCUGAUGGGCUGCUUUGUGUUUGUCUUUCUGGCCUUAUUGGAGUACGCCUUCGUCAACUACAUCUUCUUCGGCAAGGCGCCAACGCAGCAGAGGAAACCAAUGGGAAAAGUCAGCAAAAACAAUGCAGAGAGGGGCCGGCUCACAAACACUGGGAUUGAUAUGCAUGGAAACAUCCUCCUCAGCACCUUGGAACUCAACGAUGAAGUCUUGCCAUCAGAAGUUGCCAGCAGUGUCAGUGAUUCCCGCAACUCUGUCAUGUCCUUUGAUAGUUCUGGCAUUCAGUUCCGAAGAGUCGGAUCCCGGGACGGCUUAGGGCUUACUACUCGAGAGCGGAACACAGACCGUGACCUCACCAAGACCCGUCUGCACCGCCGGUCAUCUAAACUCAAGUUAAAGAUGCCAAAGCUGACAGAUGUUAGUGCUAUCGACAAAUGGUCAAGAGUUGUGUUCCCCAUAACCUUUGGCUUUUUCAACAUAAUCUACUGGCUGUACUAUGUGCACUGACCAAGAGAGGGGGACCCCAGCUCAAGAGAGGGACAGAUCGGUCUCAUGGUCAUGUUGAAUCAACUGCCACUGUUAAUGUGACCCAGGACUUUGUACACAUGUAAAAAGAAGACAUUGAGUGAAAGCCUCAACAUGAAAUGGAAUGUUUUGUACAGUUCUCCUUCCAUCUGCUGCACUUCCCCUGACAUUGAAACCAUGACUUGCUGGCCUCUGCUCUCCAACUGCAUGCGUACACUUUCAAACCGGUACAGACAACUAACUAUCAAACAGCUUUCCGAGACUGCUGCGUCCAGUGACAAACUAUCAUGGAAUGAUUGAGCUCUCUACAUCUGUACAGCAUGGUUAAGGUUAAGUGUCAGGGAGAGUGAGCAAGGAGCACAUGUGUACAGGAGGGAUUUGGAACACAGAAAGACCCUGUUGUAUGCUUAUAACCACAGUGAAAACUGAUUUUGCUGUUAACCACUAGGGGAUGUUUGCUGGUCUAGAGAGCUUAUCAAUGAGGGGUGGGAAAUAGCUGUAAUGGGAAGGGUUCUGUAAGGUUAGUUCAAACAAUUGAAGUGAUUGUAUUGUUGUGGUUGGAGCUCCCUGCACAGAGCCUGUGCACGCCAUCCUGAUAACACACUUGAUCCCGAGCAACAGAGCACAGAACAGUUGUGACCUCUGAAUGUUGCCAGCUGGCCUGUCUUGGCUCUAUUCAGGCAAACAAACUGCAGUUAGUGCUGGCCUCUGGGGCAGUCUUUGUGCAAAUUACACAUUGUCUCUGAGAUCACGUAGGUUCCCUCCCUUCCACCCCCCCCCCCCAACAGUCGCUGCAGUUUUCACCCACGUCCCAAAGGCAUGCAGGCUGGUAGUUUGAUUGAUCACUAUCAAUUACUCUAAUUGCACGGGUAAGAACUAAAAUUGGGGAACGUUGAUGGGAAUGUGGGGAGAAUCUUUUUAAAACAGUGAUCUAUGUAGGGUUCGAGUCCAUGGAAACUUGAUGGUUGGUACAGACUUGAUGAGUGUGUUCUCUAUCUCUCGAGGACUCCAGGAGCACUUGCUCUUUUAGAGUGUUACCCAGCUGCUUUCUGCAUCCAGUAAGCACCCAGACAAGCACUAGUAUGUCCAGACAGCAAUUAGACUGCCUAGACCAGCACCAAAGUGUCCAGACACCUGCUGAGCCAGCCAGAGAUGCAGCAACCUACUCGAGCAACAGCAGCCCGCCUACGUAGAUAUCAUCCCACUGAAACAGCGUCGGUGACUCAGACAAACAUUGGCCCAGACAGCUGUCACCUGCAGAGGCAGACGGCAAUUCGCCCAGACAGUGGUGAUCCAGCCAGACGAACACGACCCCUUCACUGUGAACAAGUGUUGUUGACUUGCCCUGAUGCCUGACUGCUUCAUCCAUCCAGGGGUCCGCUGACAUACACAAGCAGCAUGGUACCAGCCCUCUCAAAGCAGCACUUACUGAUCCAGACAGGAGCUUGUCCACGUCACUCAUAGAGAUUCAACAGGCCCAGGCAUUCUGAUCCAGCCUCGAGUGCCCAUGAUGCCUCGACUCACCCCAACCUAUCAACCCACCCAAAUGCUUGGACAACCACAAUUCCGAUCUCACUUACACAAGGACUCAACCCUGGUUGGGGGGGGAAGGAUGGGAUUAUUCAUUCAGACAGUGCCAACCCAUCAAGGCAAAGGAAGAAGGGAACAGAUUCAUUCUUUCUCUCUUCACUCCUUGUCCGUUGUAAUUUACUGGUGAAGCGUGGAGACAAUUACAGGACAAUCACAUGGUCUGGCUUCAUGAAAUAGACCAGGCUAAGUAAACAGAACAGACAUCUUUCCCAAAGGUGGACGUUUUAGAAGAAUUUUCAGAUCAAAGCUAGUUUCUUUUAUUUAAAUUCCACAUUGAAUUAGUUGAAUUUAAAUCCCCAGUCAUGGUGGAAUUUGAACUCAGGUCUCUAGAUUAGUGCUUUGGCUGUUGGACCAAUGUCUCAGCCACUGCAUGACAGAAUGACUGGCAAUGACAUGCAGAGAAAUGCAUUUACCAGCCAGCUGGUUCAUGAGAAGAAUGUGCUUGCCUGGACAAGCAUCGAUCAUUCAGACAUAGGUUGGCCGUAGGUCAGUGAUUUACCCACACAAAUUCAAUGUCCACAAAUUCUAUUUGUUCUGCUCAGGCAGCAGUCAAUUCAUCAGACAAGCCUGCAGGAUUCCUGAUGAAUCGCCUCAGCCUGAAGUGCCAACAGGUAUACCUUGCUGAGUUUCUCCAGCAUUUUUUGUGUGUUGUUUAAGAUUUCCAGCACCUGCAGAAUCUCUUGCGUUUAAAAUAUAAUGUCUACCCCAUCAAUGUGUGCCGCCCUUUGACGGAAAGUCCAGCCAAUGAAAUCAAUGCUCAAAGCUGCCCAAUGAUUGUCCCUAUCUUCCCAAGAAAUAUCCUGCCCACCAUAGAAUGGCACAGCUCGCUCUGAUCUUAUCCCCAGUCUGCUAAAAGCAAUGGUGCAGCCUAUGCUGGGAACGUUUCAGCCAACUGAAAAGUUGUCUGUUUUCCCAAGCAGUUCAUAGAUCAAUCAGCCCCAUCAGGAAGUGCUUUAGGAAUGUGACAUCCCACCCCAAACAUAGCCAGUCGACCCAAGUUUACUCCAGUUCACCCUCUGAAAGCUACAAUCCACUCAGUACAUACCCUACCCCAGUUUAAGAAUGCAUCUUCAGACCAAGAAAUACACUCAAAUAUUCAACCAUUUCCCCAACACAUCCAAUUCCAUAAAUGACCAUCUCAGCCAAACUGAGUACUUCCUAGCUUGCAUAAGGAUCGCUUCUCACACUGUAAACAUGUUUCAGUCCUCACCAGAAUGUGCCAAGCCCACCAAGACAUCCACUGAGUACCGAAUCACUUUUUGAAUCGGGUUGGUCCAGGACACAGCUUUCAAGUAUCAAUGAGGCCACGUUCCAAGAUUUCCAUUACAACAGCAGAUUAAAGCCUAAAGUUUUGAGGGUCAUUUUCAUAAAAGGUGAUAUUCUGCUUAAAGACUUGAGCAAUAUUGGGAACACAAAGGAGGAAAAGAGAUGAGAUGGCAAGGGGCUGGUGAGGAGAAAGGGCAGAGAGAUGGACAGAGUCCUGAAGGAGCAGAUGCAGGUACCUUGUUUUAAAAUUCACCCGAAGUCAAUACCAACGGAAAGGAGCAAGUUGGUCAGUUACCGAAGAGAUGGUUUUACUUCUGCUGAAGGGGAAUGAAUCUUGCAAGCAUUUAUGCUGUGUGAUUGCAUUCAGUCUCAUUAAUCAUUGACAGGGCAACAGUGUUUUCAUGAAGUGCAGAUACUUGGUUUAAUAUUCAGUUGAAUAAUCUGACUCCCAAUUUGGUAAACACACCCUGGGUAAACUGGGUCCCAGAACAUUCACUGCUGUAGGACAGUACAAAAACAUUUAUUUUACCACACCUGCAUUAGCUCAAGAAGUCCUCACCAAUAAGCUCCAGUUUGUAACUCAACAAACUUAUAAUUUCCAAAAGUCUUUCAAAGGAUUCUUCUUCAACUUCUCUUUCCAAAGAGGCUGAUUGUUGGGGUCUUGACCAAUAUAUUUGUGUCCUCUAGCCACAGGCAAAGUUUAGGAGGACUGGCAAGUAGCUAAUGUUAUUCCAUUAUUCAAAAAGGGAAUUAAAGAUAAUCCUGGGAACUAUAGACCAGUGAGUCUCACAUCAGUAGUAGGGAAGUUACUGGACAGAAUCCUUGGGGAUAGGAUUUAACCAUGGCCUAAUUAGGGAAAACUAACAUGGAUUUGUGCAGGGUAAGUCGUGUCUUGCUAACCUGAUCGAGUUUUUUGACAAGGUGACUGAUGAAGGUAGAGCUCUGCAUGUUGUCUACAUGGAUUAUAGUAAUGUGUUUGACAAAGUCCCUCAUGGGAGGCUCAUCCAGAAGAUGAAGAUACAUGGGAUCCAUGGUGAAUUGUCCAUUUGAAGUCAGAACUGGCUUGCCAUAGAAGACAGAGGGUAGUGAUCGAAGGGACUUAUUCUAGCUGGAGCUCUGUGAUCAAUGGUGUUCCACAGGGACUUCUACUGGGGCUUCUGCUGUUUGUGAUGUAUGUAAGUACAUAGAACAUAGAACAUAGAAUAGUACAGCACAGUACAGGCCCUUCGGCCCACAAUGUUGUGCCGACCCUCAAACCCUGCCUCCCAUAUAAGCCCCCACCUUAGAUUCCUCCAUAUACCUGUCUAGUAGUCUCUUAAACUUCACUAGUGUAUCUGCCUCCACCACUGACUCAGGCAGUGCAUUCCAUACACCAACCACUCUCUGAGUAAAAAACCUUCCUCUAAUAUCCCCCUUGAACUUCCCAGCCCUUACCUUAAAGCCAUGUCCUCUUGUAUUGAGCAGUGGUGCCCUGGGGAAGAGGCGCUGGCUAUCCACUCUAUCUAUUCCUCUUAUUAUCUUGUACACCUCUAUCAUGUCUCCUCUCAUCCUCCUUCUCUCCAAAGAGUAAAGCCCUAGCUCCCUUAAUCCCUUAUCAUAAUGCAUACUUUCUAAACUAGGCAGCAUCCUGGUAAAUCUCCUCUGUACCCUUUCCAAUGCUUCCACAUCCUUCCUAUAGUGAGGUGACCAGAACUGGACACAAUACUCCAAGUGUGGCCUAAUCAGAGUUCUAUAGAGCUGCAUCAUUACAUCGCGACUCUUAAACUCUAUCCCUCGACUUAUGAAAGCUAACACCCCAUAAGCUUUCUUAACUACCCUAUCCACUUGUGAGGCGACUUUCAGGGAGCUGUGGACAUGUACCCCGAGAUCCCUCUGCUCCUCCACACUACCAAGUAUCCUGCCAUUUACUUUGUACUCUGCCUUGGAGUUUGUCCUUCCAAAGUGAACCACCUCACACUUCUCCGGGUUGAACUCCAUCUGCCACUUCUCAGCCCACUUCUGCAUCCUAUCAAUGUCUCUCUGCAAUCUUUGACAAUCCUCUACACUAUCUACAACACCACCAACCUUUGUGUCGUCUGCAAACUUGCCAACCCACCCUUCUACCCCCACAUCCAGGUCGUUAAUAAAAUUCACGAAAAGUAGAGGUCCCAGAACAGAUCCUUGUGGGACACCACUAGUCACGAUCCUCCAAUCUGAAUGUACUCCCUCCACCACCACCUUCUGCCUUCUGCAGGCAAGCGAAUUCUGAAUCCAAGUAACCUGAAUGAAAAUGUAGAUGGGUGGGUUUUCAGAUUAUAUGAAGAUUGGUAGUGUUGUGGAUAGCAUAGAUUCCUGGCAAAGAACACAGCAGGAUAUAGAUCAGUUGCAGAUAUUGUCAGAGAAACGGGAGAUGGAGAUUAAAAAUGCAAACACGAAGAAAUCUGCAGAUGCUGGAAAUUCAAGCAACACACACAAAAAGUGCUGGUGAACGCAGCAGGCCAGGCA